AAUAGCUCGUGAUAGUCUUGCGUAGCAUUUCGCGGGCGGUACGCCUUUCGACCGAUCAGCUGCAUUUAAAUAUCCUCAUUAUGUUGACUCGCAGCAGGUUCGGAGUUUAUGCUAAUGAAAAUGCUGCAGUUGGUGUUAAAGAUAAUGCUGUUCUGAAAGCCAAAACCGUAGGUGUGUCAACGAGGUCACGCGCAGCACUAUGCGAUAUUAAGAAUAAGACUGCAAAUAUUCUGCCAAAAGAUGUAGGGAAGCAAAAACCCUUAAAGAAUGAGCAAUGUUUGGAACAAAAGAAAGAAGUACUCGAAAUGAGUAUCGACAGUCCAACUCCUGAUGUCACAACUCAAAAACCAACAGAUCAGCUGAAAGAAUUUCAAGCCAGUCGGAAACUCAUUCGCUUAGAAAGUUUAGCCUCUGAGAUAGCAGAGGAAUAUUUGGACGUUGACCGAAAUGACUACGAGGAUGCUGCUACAGUUUAUCCCUAUACAGAAAGAAUAUUCAAUUAUCUCCAAGAUAGAGAAUUGUUAAUACAACCGUUGAAAGCUGAUUACAUGGACUUAAACUGUGAAAUCACUCCACGGAUGAGAUAUAUCUUAGUUAACUGGCUUGUUCAAGUACACUACAGUUAUAAAUUGCAACCUGAGACCCUCUAUUUAUGUGUUGCUAUCUUGGACCGUUAUCUACUGAAAAAUUCUAAAAGCUUGACAAAAGAUGGCUUCCAGCUUAUAGGCGUGGCAUCCUUAUUUAUUGCUGCAAAAUUCGAAGAAAUGUAUCCACCCGACAUAAGCGACUUCUCAUCAAUAACAAACAACACUUAUUCUAAAAGCGACAUUAGAAAUACCGAACAAAUAAUAUUGCAAUCUAUUGAUUUCUAUUUGUCAAUCCCAACCCCGUUGGUAUUUCUCCGUCGUUUGUCAAAGGCUAUGGAUGUAAGCUUCCUUUACUUUACCUUUCUUUCCAGGCUGAUAGAACUAUGCACAACCUAGCUAAAUAUUUCUUAGAACUAACGAUACAAGAGUAUGAUCUUGCACACUUACCGGGGAAUCUCCGCUCUGUGACUGCGUUAUGCUUGUCUCGAGCACUGUGUCUAGGCACUUCAGAGCUUGAAAAAGCUUGGUGUGAUAAACUCUCAUAUCUUAGUGGUUACAGAUUGAGUGAUAUCCGUGAUUAUCUACAAAUUCUCGCUCGCGCUGCUUAUCGUCAAAAUUCUCCUUCAAAGUAUAGGGCGAUAUUUAACAAGUAUCGUGUGGACGAUUUUUAUGGACGUGUAGCUUCCUUACCUCAACUUCGCUCAUAUCUAAUGGAAACGCUGGCAGAUCUCAAAUUCGAUAGUGAUGGGGAGGCAAAUUCAGCGUAGUGCUGUUGAGAAAAACCUCAUAUAAUCCUAAAUUCAGUGAUGUCACUUGAAUGUCUAACUGUUUCCUGUUCCAUUUACUUCCCGGAUUAUUUAUUUUUAAUCUACUAUAGAAGUGCUUUGAAAUCUCAUUGGAAUAAGUGUAUAUUUAUCCUUAACUGUCUUCGAUUUUAAUGUACAAUCUUAUAAUACACACUUUUAUCAACC